GCAUGAGUGUGCCAGGGAUUGUGAGAGCCGGGCCGGACCACACAUCUGACACCAACAUAUGCGUUGAGUAGGGAUCACUCUGAGGGCUUCAAUAUAUUUGCAAUUCAACAUAGCAGCUUUGUAAUCGCAUGAAUAUGACAUAAAGCUUUCUCAGUGCCCUAUUUCAAUCAUUAUGUAGAUAAGCAAACGGGUUCUGUAUUGCCUGCCCGAGCUGUCACUGUGAUCACUUCCUGGUGUGGUGUUACACGCGUUACUGUGUCUCCCUGGCGCAGUGUCGGAAGUAAAGCAUGUCUAUGGGCGGUAUAGUUCAUGACAGGGUGGCAUCAAUGGUUGUCAUGGCAAUAUUGGCCGGUGUGCAUCCGUGUGUGGGGGAGGCAAGUAAGUGUUUGAUAUGGCGCCUGAAACUUUACACCUGACCAGCUACCCAGAGUCUGCCACAGAUCGGACAGACUUCACACUGCCCUGUACACUCGCACAGGGCAGGGCAUUGAUAAGUGUCAACUGGUACAGAAACAAUGUUAACAUAUUUGAUACAAGCAGUGAUGCCGACAUAUCUGCUGCCACACUCAGCCCCCUCACCACCUCCCCCGAGUACCAGUCUGUGUCAGGACGUAUCAGUGUCAGCUCCUCAAUCCAGCAGCACAACGUGACUCUCAGGACCAACUUUAAACUCGACCAGGGCUCCGUGUGGGCGUGUCAGACAGGAAUACAGUUCAGCAAUGACAUCAGCAUUGAAGUCAAAGAGUCCAUUCAAGUGUCCAUCUCGGUGUAUGCAACAAAAAAUCCAGGCACAGAUGAACAGAUCCUUAAACUGACUUGCGAAGGAACAGAUGACAUAACAGAAACUGUUUGGUCCAAGAACUUAGUGAACAUAUUUCAAACCACCCUACCAAGGUCCAUGUUGGUGUACGACACCGACUCCCCUGAGUACAAGUCUGUGUAAGGACGUAUCAGUGUCAGCUCCUCCCUCCAGCAGCACAACGUGACUCUCAGGACCAACUCUACACUAGACCAGGGCUCCGUGUGGAGGUGUAAGGUUGGACAACAGCUCAGCCAUAAUAUCACUGUUGAACUCAAAGAAUCUAUGAAAGGUAAUUCACUUGUAUAAUAGACCC